AUGCUUGUCCGAGCUGCAGGGCGAAAAGCUCGUGGCAACCCAAUUGCUGAUAGACUUAAACGUCAACAACAAGCAUAUCUUCCUUUUCUAUAUCCAACUAUCCACUCGAAUCAAGUUGUGGCAUGCCGGAAUAUUAAUGUCGACUCAGGGCAUCAUGCGACUGGUUUGCGGAGAAGACGAAACUCGAGAGACAAUGCUACAAAACCUCCAUCGCGGUCAUUAGCAACGGCCAUAAACCAGCCGUUCGAAGAGAUUCCCUUCGAAGGGUUACAUAAUUCAUCAUCGCACAAUUAUGCAUCAUUGCCAUUCAGUAUACCAAAACUUCAGUCGCCAAUCAUAAUUCCGGAUGACAGCGCGGGAGCUCCCAUAAGACAUCGGCGUGGAGGUAAUGAUGCGGUCGGCGGUACUAGCGAUGAAAUUAUAGCAUUACUCAUUGCUUGCCUUCAAGUUGGGAGAAUAGAGCGUGCGAGUGUGAUUUUUAAACGCCUGGCACAAAUGGAAGAAGUCGACAGAGAGACACUACUACAAUUACAAAACCAAUUCUUACGUGCUGCAGUCCACGAGAUUACGAUGAAGCCCUCAGAGCAAGCGACACAGUUUCUGCACAAGUGGUUCGAACUCGAAGUACGAAACAAGAACCUUCCACAAGAUGCCUUGACUGUAGCAUAUAUGCUGAAGGCUUCACUUCAAUCGCCUCCAGGUCAACGACGUGAUAGACUGGUAUCAAGAUAUAUGGAUAUGGUCCAAGGAGAAGCUGGUUUGGAGGUUCUAGCAUGUAACGUUUUGCUACCCCACGAACUGGACAUCAUCAACCAUAUUUGCCCCACAUACAAUCUAGCGGAGGGACUUGGAGAUCUUCAAGAUAUCUUUGUCUCUGAGACGCCCAGAGCAGUAGAUCCUUCCGACGGAGUUCUACAAUAUGUCGAAAAAACAGGCACAUCAGUUCCGGAAGUUCGCCAAACCGAACAAAAGGGUCUUGGACUGAAGUCAUUGAGAAAAACCUUGUCGCUUUUUUCUUCUCUACCAUCUGCAGGAUAUGAUAUGUCAAAAAUGAGUGAGGAACAGCAGAGGGCUAUCCAGGCGCAAUUAGAAGAAGAUGCUGUACAGGCUGCCAUAGAUCGUUGGAAGGAUGAGAGCGUGAAUUUGUCAAAAUUAGGAUUAAAUACCUCACUACAAUCGAAAUCACUAGGAGCGAGAAUGUGGAAAUGGCAUGUAGCUUUGACAGAUGCUCUGAAAGAAGAAUUAAAAGCCAUCGACGAAGCAGAAAUGAAGCAGCAACGAAGCGCAGCAGAUAUAAGCAGAUGCGAAUACGGGCCCUUUUUACGCUACCUCCCAGCUGAGAAGCUCGCAGCGCUGACAAUUAUCGCUCAUAUGCACGCGUUGUCGUCUUCAGGAAUUGACAAAGGACUUACACUAUCAUUUUCUAUCUUGCAAAUCGCUAAAAGUGUAGAAGAUGAGAGCAUUUUCGAAACGAUACAGAAAAACAUGGCGAAGCCCUCGUGGUCCGACAGCGUAGCCGACAGAGUUCGAAUGCUUCGAAUUCUCAAAGCGAGAGCACGCGGUGCUAGCGAAGAAUUGAUUGAUAACGACGACUCUCCAAGCUUUUCGCCUGAUGCUUUUGUUUCUUCGCAAAUUCGUGCGCAUGAGUGGUCUGUUGGAAUUAAAGCCAAAGUUGGAUCUUUCUUAUUGGAAUCUUUACUGAAGGUUGCAAAAGUUCCAGUUACAAUGAUACACCCUGAAACCAACGAGACUGUUACUCAAAUGCAACCUGCCUUUUCUCAUGCCCAGCAAUACAGAAUGGGUAGAAAGCUCGGUGUGAUCAACGCCAAUAAAGUCAUUGUUGAUCAGCUCAAGCGCGAGCCUGUUCACAGCCUUCUUGCAAAACAUCUUCCCAUGCUUGUAAAGCCCGAGCCAUGGACUGGUUUUAGUUCUGGUGGCUUUCUUAAGCAUCCCGGAAGGGUCAUGCGCGUUAAGAAUGGAGAUGCAGAUCAAAGAAAUUAUGCGGAUGCUGCUAUUGAUCGGGGCAAUUUAUCAACAGUUUUCAAAGGCCUCAACAUACUGGGAGAACAAUCUUGGAGAAUCAACCAGCCAGUCUUUGAUAUUAUGCUAGAGGCAUGGAAUUCCGGUGACGCAAUUGCAAACCUUGCUCCGGACAAGCCAAAACUAGAUUACCCCCCCGAGCCCGAGACCUCUUCCGACCCACUCGAACGCCGAAGAUGGGUCACUGCAGUCAAGAAAGUAGAAAACUCUAAGUCGAGUUUCCAUUCUCAACGUUGUUUCCAAAAUUUCCAACUAGAAAUCGCUAGAGCUCUGCGCGAUAAAACCUUCUACUUCCCACAUAACGUGGAUUUUCGUGGAAGAGCAUAUCCCAUUCCUCCCUACCUUAACCACAUGGGAGCAGAUCAUUGUCGAGGGCUUAUGAUGUUUGGGACUGGGAAGGAACUUGGUACUUCUGGUUUAAGGUGGCUCAAGGUUCACCUCGCCAACGUAUACGGGUUCGAUAAAGCGAGUCUUCAAGAGAGAGAAGAAUUCGCAAACAAAAAUAUAGACGAAAUCUACGACUCGGCAACAAACCCACUGGGAGGCAAAAGGUGGUGGCUACAGGCCGAAGAUCCGUGGCAAUGCUUAGCGGCAUGUAUGGAAUUCAAGAACGCGCUUGAAUCUGGAGAUCCAGCUAGUUUCAUUUCAUAUUUACCUGUUCAUCAAGAUGGUACUUGUAAUGGUCUUCAACAUUACGCAGCAUUAGGUGGUGACGUAUGGGGUGCCCAGCAAGUCAACCUCGAGCCUGGUGAUCGCCCGGCGGAUGUCUAUACUGCAGUCGCAAAUCUCGUGAAGGAGAGUAUCGCAAAAGAUCUGCUUGCCGACCACCCCAAAGCCAAAGUUUUGAGCGGGAAAAUAACCCGUAAAGUUGUCAAACAAACCGUUAUGACUAACGUCUACGGAGUCACCUUCAUUGGAGCUAAAGCACAAGUCCGAAAACAACUUGUGGCAGCUCAUAAAGAUUUGCCUGAUAACGAAGAAAUUAAUCCAGGGACUCUAGCAUCUUACGUAGUCACUAAGAUCUUUACCGCUCUUUCCACUAUGUUCAAGGGGGCUCACGACAUUCAGUACUGGCUUGGAGAUUGUGCGUCCCGAAUUUCAAAUAGUCUAACACCUGAGCAAAUUGAGAGGAUAGUCGCAAAAGCCUCAGAGCAAGGAGGACGUACUUCUAAACGAGCUGCAUCAAGUUUAGAUGACAUUUCUCAAUUUAAAUCUAGUGUGAUUUGGACGACACCUUUGAACUUGCCAGUUGUCCAACCCUAUAGAACUCACAAAUCACGGCUAGUGCGCACAAACCUUCAACUUCUCAGCUUAUCUGAACCGCAUCGAUCGGAUCCCGUCAGCAGUCGUAAACAACUCCAAGCUUUUCCUCCCAAUUUCAUCCACUCUCUAGAUGCAACUCAUAUGCUUCUUUCAGCAGUGAAAUGUAGUGAAGCAAAUUUAGCGUUUGCGGCUGUUCACGAUUCAUUUUGGACACACGCCGCUGAUAUCGAUACGAUGAACACAUUUUUGAGAGAUGCCUUCAUCGAGAUUCAUAGUGACGAUGUUAUUGGACGCUUGGCAGCGGAAAUGGCUACUCGGUACAAGGAUUACAUGCAGCUUGUGAAAGUCAAGCCGGGAACUCUAGCGUACACUAAGAUUUCUCAAUAUCGCAAAUCCCUCAAGACAACUGAGAAGGAUAGAAACAGCGAUUUAUUGAGGGAGGUAAAGAGGCUGCGCCUUCUUAAUUCAUCUAACCCAGAAGAAGUAGAAGAAGGGAAGCGCAUGGUUACAUCAGCUAGUAUAUACGAAGUUAUGACGGGUGAGGCCGAGUUAGAUCCGGAAUUAGAUGUUAAAACCGUGGGUUUGGGAAACAUGGUCAACUCAAGGUCAGCUAAAGAGCAUGACACUGUAUCCAGCUGGGAUACCGGUGCUACGGACGAAGCUCUAGAGGAAGCUAUUGAAGAUAAUACGAACAUUGAAUUGGAGGCGGCGGAAGAGAUUUCAGAAGAGGCAGAAUUAGAAACCGCACCCAAAGAUGGAUUUGAGACCUCAAUGAAGCCGAAGUCUCGACCAAAUCAAACACCCCAAUUGGUUUGGCUUCCAUUGAAGUUCGCCCCUAUUCCUAAGAAGGGAGCUUUCGAUGUGACACGUCUUAAGCAAAGUCAAUACUUCUUCUCUUAG